AUGGGUAUUUCUUCAGAAAUUGCAGCAGCUGCGAUUGGUUUGUUGUGUUUGUGGAGUGUUGCUGACAGUGUCCCCAACACCAACAUAACCACCGUUCUAUGCAACGUUGGGGGGUACACUUCAGGUGAUCCUUUUGCUGUAAGUUUAUCCUAUGUUGUUGGUGAAUUGGAGACAGGGACUCCAAACCAGAAAAAUUACAAUUACUACAACAUUUCUCCUUAUCCAAAUGCCUUUGCUUAUGGACAUGCUACUUGCAACCUAAAUCUCACAACCUCUGACUGCAAAACCUGUCUUGGUGUUGCUAAGACCAUCAUGUUCAACUCGUGUCCUAAACGUAUAGGGGCUCGUUCGGUGCUACAUGAUUGUACAAUCAGGUAUGAGCAGUACCCAUUUGAUGAUUAG